UGCACGUGUGCGCGCGUACAACGCCCGGAUUGGAUGGAGCCACACGAUGGAAGCCGGUAUCGAGGAAAACCCGUGUGGAUGUUGGUGGAGAAAAUUUGGAUGGCGCUGGCUUAACCUUACAUCAGCAAGCCGCCUCCCCUCUGUUAAUUCAUUCCUGGCAGCGGUACAAACAGCUGCGACGCAAUGCAUGUUUACGCAGACCGCGUGUUGCUUUGGAACGCUGUGGAAGGUCCUGGUCGAUGGUCAGCUGCAGCACGGCCGCGUCCUCGACAUAGUAGACGGGGGCCUCAUCAUUGAUUUCGAAUGCCCCGCGCAGCGCUCGCAGUUCGUCGAAUACGGGCGGAUCUUUCGGUGGACAGGCAACAACGAUCUCCACCAAGAUACACCCGGAGCGCCGGUGUCGGCGUUGCUUCGUCGGCCGGCCGACGGUGCCUGGAUAUGGUAUGCGGCCGCGGUCGUCAAUUUUGUUGACCUCAAUGGCUGGUGCUUCGCGGAUUUAAAAGCGGCGCUGGUGCACGUGCAGCUGCGGCAUUACGCUGAUAGCGUUAGUGAGCUGCUACCGCGCCAGCAGAUACGCCCACUGCACACGCACAACGACGCGGCACUGCUGUGCGUAAACAGGGAUGACUACGUGGUUCGCUAUUGCUCGUUAACGGAUAGCAGUGGAUCGACGGCAUUGUCCGACACCCACUGGUCCCGCACCUUCCAGGUGCUGGAGGAGCCUUUCCAACGCGUACUGAGCCGCCAGUGUCGAGCGUUGUGCACCACCCUGCUCCGUCAAGCGCUUCUCUACCUGCAGGAUCGAGACGACGACUCUUUAACGGCUGAGGACAUGGAGGGAGCAUACAAUAAGGCGAGCAAAGAGGAUGAAAGCGGCUGUACAACAUUAACGUCAUCUCCGUGGAUGGGACCCCGCUGGGCCGUUAGCACACAUAUAAACGAACGGGAAGCUGAAACUGGUCAUCGACCAUGUUUGCCGUUGCCCCCCGAGUUGCUGGAGGAGGUCUUCCGAUCGCUUGACUCCAUCGAGCGAGUCCGCUAUCGGCGUGUGAGUCAAGCAUGGAACAGCAUCCUCACUGAAGCCAGCUUCCCUGAUGUGCACGUGGAAGGCCGUGGGGAACACCUGCCGUUCUCCAUCGAGGCAAUGUUCUGGGUGAUUUCUGGCUUGCUGAAAUGCAUAAACAGUCGCACGAAGAUGGUGACUGUCACCGACCUGAAUCUGAAAGAGUGUGGUGCAUUAGGGACACUGAGCAUUCCCGUCUUUAACACCCAUCGUGUACCGCUGCUGGUCAUGCACCACUGCGAUUUCCAGAGAAAAGAUGCCAAUUCUGCCGACAAUGACUGCUACAGCAUCGGUGGAACCAUCACUUUAGUGGCAUAUUUGGGUGUGCAGUUUGCGAGGGCGUACGACAGAAUCGCCCUGCAACACUGCCGUAUCUCGGAUAGCAGUCUCGAGGCGCCGGUUCUGCAUUACCGUUUCUCAGCACAACCGACGGAUGAUACAGAAGCGGAACUGUGGGACAUCGUGGACAAUAAUCUGAUCCUCAAGGACUCUAAUUUGGAUCCGUCGGACGUGCACCAAUGGAUUGCCGAUCGCAAACGUGGCAAGCAGUUAAUAAUCGAGAAGCUGCAAUACGUAUGUCGUUUGCUUUCGAAAGAUUUUAAGAAACUUAACAGCCAACGGUAACUACAAUUCGUGAUUCUCGCCUGGACUGCAGACUGGCAGUGUGUCAUUUUGACAUCACUAACAAACAGGGAUUUUACAGUGCGCCAACAGGAGAACUACGCAUGCGCUGUGUUUCUGGUCGCGUGCUAAAAUUUAAGGCGGUAGAGUAAUACCGUGGCCAUAGAGCUACCGCUUGGUUUAAGAAUACUGUAAGCAUUUUAUCACACAUUUUUUCCUCGUUUGUAGAGGAUAGUUUUUUAUAAAUUUUCAUGUAUCUGCCUAGUUAACAAACAGUACAGUUUGCGAACGCGUGCUGUUUAAAAAGUGCCGGGAUAAGCACUAGUUUCUAUGGGCCUACGACGACUUCCCGUCGCACCUGAGUCGCACGGCUCCCAACCGCCACUGGGCGCCAUCCGGGCGAGAAUCGUCAAUCAACUGGAAACGAGCGCUAAGUGUAUUUUGGGAUUGUAUUUUGAAAAACCGCCAAUGUUGCAUCCAUACCGUCAUAUCGAGACUUUUUGCUGCAGUUUCUUGUACUGACAUUUCUUCGUCUGGUUGACCUUCCAUACUAUUACACCAUAACAUACAUUGCUGAUUUAAC